UGACGUAUGAAAGUGCGUAGUAACGUUCGACAGUUUUCCCUCCUCGCCGACGCUAAGCUAGCCGUCUCUGUCGAUGUUUCUCUAAAGACACUUGUAUCGUGGAACGGGUUGGAUUGUGAAGCUUUAACGCUGUUGUGGGGAGGAAGAUAAAGACACCGAACGUCCAUAACAAGGCUGGUAAAGGUAGAAGACUUAUGCAGUCCUGCUAGCAGGGCAAGAUGUUCAACAAGUCGUUUGGUACUCCCUUCGGUGGAGGGACGGGAGGGUUUGGGAACUCGUCGACGUUUGGACAGCAGAACACAGGUUUUGGGACGACCGGAGGCUUUGGGACGUCUGCGUUUGGGACGACCAGCAACACCGGAGGACUGUUUGGUUCCACACAGAACAAACCUGGCGGUCUGUUCGGCUCCAGUACGUUCAGCCAGCCGGCGACGUCCUCUACCAGCACUGGCUUCGGUUUUGGCGCGGCGAGCGGCACGUCCACCAGCCUGUUUGGGAACACCGGGACGGGCACCAGCGGCGGACUCUUCUCCCAGCAGAACAAUGCCUUCGGUGCCAACAAACCCACGUCGUUUGGAAGCUUCGGGACGAGCACCAGCAGCGGCGGCCUGUUUGGUUCGACGAACACCGCCUCAAAUCCGUUCGGUGGAACAAACUCCCUCUUUGGAGGCUCGGGCUUUUCUGCUGCACAGCAGCCAGGGACAACCGUGAAAUUCAACCCUCCAACAGGAAGUGACACAAUGGUGAAAGCUGGUGUGACGACGAGCAUCAACACCAAGCACCAGUGCAUCACAGCCAUGAAGGAGUAUGAGAACAAAUCCCUGGAGGAGUUGAGACUGGAGGACUACCAGGCGGGCAGGAAGGGCCCAACCAACCAGAUGGCUGCACCGACUGGUGGCCUGUUUGGCACAGCCACAGCCACAUCCAGCGCCGCCACCGGCCUGUUUGGUUCCACAGCUCCCAACACCAGCUUCUCCUUCGGACAGAACAAGAGCACCUUCGGAGCGACAGCGACCGGUGGUUUUGGUGCCACCACAGGCGGUCUGUUUGGUCAGCAGACCCAGCAACCAGCCGGCAGCCUCUUCAAGCCGUUCGGUCAGACCACCACCACGCAGAACACCGGCUUCUCCUUCGGCAACACUAACACCAUGGGACAGGCCAACACCAGCAGCAUGGGUUUGUUUGGGAACACAGCAGCGUCCCAGUCGGGCGGGUUGUUUGGCGCCGCUCAGACCAGCACCGCCACCGGCUUUGGGACAGGCACUGGACUGUUUGGCCAGACCAACACCGGAUUUGGGAAUGUUGGCACACAGCAGAGUUUGUUCGGUAAUAAGACGGCCGGGUUCGGCACCACCACCACCAGCGCUCCGUCCUUCGGCACCGGCACCGGGCUGUUUGGCAACAAGCCGGCCCUCACACUGGGAACUGGAACCAACACCUCCACCUUCGGUUUUGGUGCAAACCCUGCUGGAGGGAGUCUGUUUGGGAACAAGCCGGCCACUGGAGGACUGGGGACCGGAUUGGGAACCAGCUUUGGAACAGCAGUGGGCACAGGACAAACGUCUCUGUUUGGGAAUAACCAGAACAAACUGGGCACAACACUGGGAACAAUGGGAACGUUUGGAGCGACUGCGUUCAACAGUGGAACCAGUAACCUGGGCUUCGGAGCUCCGCAGCAGCCCGUCGCGCUCACCGACCCGAACGCAGCGGCCGCUCAGCAGGCCAUGCUCCAGCAGCAGCUCAGCAUCCUGGCGUAUUCGCCGUACGGAGACUCGCCGCUGUUCAGAAACCCGCUGUCAGACCCCAAGAAGAAAGAGGAGCGUCUGAAACCGACCAAUCCGACGGCCCAGAAAGCUCUAACCACGCCCACCCACUACAAGCUGACCCCUCGACCUGCGACCAGGGUCCGCCCAAAGGCGCUGACAUCGUCCGGAUCCUCCAAGUCUCAGCUGUUCGACGGCCUCGACGAUGACGAGCCCUCGCUCACCAACGGAGCCUUCAUACCCAGGAAAAGCAUCAAGAAACUGGUGCUGAAGAACCUGAACAGUUCUCAGUACAACAGUCAGACAGAGACUGAAGCAGACGACCUCGCCUCACCUCCAGAGUAUCCACAGAACGGACACAGCCUCGUGGAGGAGGACGAGGAGCUGAGGGAGCUGGCGGGCCCCAGCGGCCGGGCCGACGACGACCCAGAGGUCACCCAGUUCUACGUCAACCCCAUCGCCAAGCCGAUCCCGCAGGGCCGUGCCCAGACCAGCCUGCAGGACACCAUCAGUGACCUCAACAUGCACAAACCGUCCAGGAACGGCCUGGAGCUGAGCAGCGAUGACGUGUCGGCCUCUCUGGGGGAGGAGUCUCUGCAGGAGGACCGAGAGGAGGAGCAGCAGGAGGCUCAACAGUGUCCUCACCCUGCAGGCAUCGUCCUGAAUCGUGUUGGUUACUACACCAUCCCCUCCAUGGAGGAUCUGGCUGAGACGGUGGACGAGAAUGGAGAGUGUGUGGUGGAGAACUUCACUGUCGGCAGGAAAGGCUACGGCUCCAUCUUCUUCCCCGGCGAGGUGAACGUGACGGGGCUGAACCUCGAUGAGAUUGUCCACUUCAGACGCAAGGAGGUCAUCGUGUACCCGGACGACAAAAACAAGCCGCCGGAGGGGGAGGGGCUUAACCGACGAGCGGAGGUGACUCUGGACGGCGUCUGGCCAAACGACAAGACGACCUGCACCCAGAUCAGGAGCCCCGAGCGCCUGACGGACAUGAACUACGAGGGUCGGCUGGAGAAAGCCUCGCGCAAACAGGGCGCCCGUUUCCUGGAGUACAGACCAGAGACCGGAUCCUGGGUGUUUGAGGUCGCCCAUUUCUCCAAAUAUGGCCUCCAGGACUCGGACGAGGAGGAGGACGUCCCGCCUAAAGUCGACCCCAAGAAACUGAAGACGAUGAUGCCGCUCCCUCCCUCCAGGCUGCAGCAGCAACUUCCCCCCUCCCAGCAGCAGGUGGCGCCACAGGCUCAGUCCACCGUCGUGGAUCUUCCCGGCGGCGUGGCGGAGCUGGACAGCGACAUGGCCGACAUCACCCAGAGUUUCCCGACAGAGAGCAUGCUGGGAGGAGAGGACGACGGCGACUUCCUGCCGGGGGACGUGGAUGCGACGGGCGGGAAGCUCGGAGGUCUGAUCUCCGCCGAGCACGACGGCAUCUCUGCCUCCAGCCACAUAGCGUCGACACUGGGGAUCAACCCGCACACCCUCCAGAUCAUGAAGGCGUCUCUGUUCGCGGAGGACGAGGAGGAGGGCGACAUGUUUCAGGAUCAGGGAGCGAUGAAGGUCUCCGCUGACGUCUCGUCUCCUCGCCUCGUCCUGCCGGGAGCUCAGGGCCGACCCUCCGUGGGAGGUCUCCUCCAGGCUCGUUUUACCUCCGGCCUCCUCUCUCAGCUCUCAGACUCUCCUCGUGCUCCUCUUCCUCCUCCUCCUCUGUCGCGAGCAUCUCCGGCGUCGUUCGAAACCCCCCGGCCGUUACACUGGGCGGGGCCCGGCCCCUCCUCCUUCCUGCUGCCCCCUCGAACUCCAGAGCCUUCGGUCAGGACAGUUGGCGUCCGGCGGCUCGGCGGGCCUGUCCCCCUCAAAGAGUCGGUCACUCUGGGGAAGGGAGGUCUGUUGAUGGACGCCGGGCUGUUUGUGGGUCGCUCCUUCAGGGUUGGGUGGGGUCCCAGCUGGACGCUGGCGCACUGCGGCCAACGGCUGAGUUCACUGCCCUCCAAACAGGUCGAACACCAAGAGCUGACGACUAAGACCGACUUCAGCUUCCUGCCAAAACCUGCCAGGAGCAAACCUCUGGUAGAAAGCCCCUAUAAGGUGGUGCUGGAGCAGCUGGUGGGUCUGGAACCUCCUGCAGCGAAGACCAUCGAGGAAGAGGAGGAGGAGAGCCAGGCGGUGCUGCAGCGCCCCCUGGAGAUCUGCCUGGAGCACAGCACCAUCAGCACCACAGACGCCUCUGCCUGCCCUCUGGUCCAACCGCAGCCCGGCGUCGAGGCGCUGCACAAAUACGCCACGUGGAUCAUGGAGCUGAACGACAAGCAGGGUGACGCAGACCCUUUGCUCGGAUACUGGUCUGAGGUCUGGACCCUGUGUGAGGCUCUGUGGGGUCGGCUGGGCCCCGCAGACCAGGAGCCAGACGUGGAGACGCCCAGUGACUACGAGCAGCAGUUGGAGCGGAGGCGGACCUUCUCGGCGUGGUUGUCCCGCGGCGCCACCUGUAGGGUGGAGGAGGAGGUGGCUCUGGCAGGGAAGGGUCGCCACACGGAGGCCAUCUUCAGCUACCUGACGGGCAACCGAAUCAGCGAGGCGUGUCGACUUGCACAGAAGGAAGGAGACCACCGUCUGUCCCUGCUGCUGUCCCAGGCCAUGGGUUCUCAGUACUGCCGGGACCUGCUGGCCCUCCAGCUCGCCGACUGGAACCGCAUGCAGACCGACUGCUACCUGCCAGAGGAACGACUGCGCAUCUUCACGCUGCUCGCAGGGAAACCGGUGUGGCAGUCGUCUGACUCCGUGGUGAACGUGUGCUCUCAGCUGGACUGGAAACGGUGCGUCGCCGUCCACCUCUGGUUCAUGUUGCCUCCGACUGCCUCGGUGGCCGAUGCCCUUGCCAAAUACGAAGCCGCCUUCCAGGGCUCCUGUGAGGGGGGGAAGUAUGCCUGUGCCCCCCUGCCUCCGUACCUGGAGGCGGAGCAGCCAGACAUGGAGGAGGAGGAGGAGGAGUCCAAACGGCCGCUGUACGACCUCUGCUUCCACCUGCUCAAACUCUACAGUGACAGACACUACAGCCUGCAGCAGCUGUUGGACCCUCUGACCGUCACCUGGGAGCGUCUGGAUUACCGUCUGAGCUGGCACCUGUGGGGCGUCCUGCAGGCGCUGCACUACAGCCACCUGAGCGCCUCGCGGCAGGGACUCCUCCACGCCAGCUACGCCGCUCAGCUGGAGAGCACCGGCCUCUGGCACAUGGCCGUCUUCAUCCUGCUGCACAUCCCUGACCACACUCAGCGGGAGCGAGCGGUCAGGGAGAUGUUGACGCUCCACUGCCCCCUGCAGGCUACGGACGACUCGGUCCGGAGGGAGCGCUUCCUGACCGAGAGGCUGCUGAUCCCGGAGCAGUGGAUCCACGAGGCCAAGGCCACCCGGGCCCGGCGAGACGGCGACAGACACCAGGAGGCCCUGCACCUGUACCGGGCCGGAUACUGGAGCCAGUGUCACCGGCUGCUGAUCCAACAUCUGGCCUCAGACUGCAUCAUCAACGACAACCACGACUACCUCCGGGAGUUCCUGGAGGGACUUGCGGCCCCUGACCGCAGCGCCACCAUCCAGGACUGGGACACGGCAGGGAGGGUUUACCUGGACUACAUCAGGGUCAUAAAGACUCUGCAGGACAUCCAGCAGAUGGAAAAUGCCGGUUACGAGCUGGAGCGUCUCUACACCGACGUGACGUCGCUCUGCAGCAGAAUCGAACUUCUGCCCUGCAGCACGGCCAGAGACCGCCUCGCCCAAUCAGAGAUGGCGAAGCGUGUGGCCAAUAUCCUGCGCGUGGUGCUGAGCCUGCAGCAGGGCGACGCGGCGUCCGAGUCCCUCAGCAUCCCGCUCGCCCAGCUGGCGCCGCACAUCACCCGCCUGCCGAUGCCGGAGGACUACACGCUGGAGGAGCUGCGAGGCCUCACUCAGUCGUACCUGAGGCAGCUCAUCGUCAGCCAAUGAGAGCGCGAGAAGAUUUUAGGUGUUUAGGUGUUGAAAUUCAGCUGCUCAGACAUCAUGAAAAGUUUCCCAAAAAGAAAAAGAAGCAAAAAAAAAAAAAAACCUUGAGUCGUGAGUUAAAAUGGAUUCGUCCGGAACUUCUUUGCUUCAGUUCUGGAUGUCGUCUGUUUGAGCUUCGCCGGCGUUUUCAGUUUGUCCAGAAAAAAAAACCAGGCUCACAGCUUCGACAUGUCAUUCCUCAUCUUCUGUGUUUGUGUGUGUUGGAUCGGGGCAGCGUUUCAAAACAAAAUCAACAGUAAACGACAGGAAAUAACUGAAUUUAAACUUAAUAGACCAAACCAGUGACUUCACACCUGACUCUGUUUUAGAGCGGUGGUUCCACAACCGGGGGUCGGAGCUGAGGGGUCACGAGAUGAUUGACAGGACAAGAAAGCAGCCAAAAGUUUUGUUUCACUUUAUUUUAAAUAAAACGAGUUACAGCAGGGCUGAAACUUUAAAAACGACACUGACUCGUCUGAACCUGCAGUGAUGUGUCCGAAACCCAGCAACUCGCUUUACUCGUAUAAAACAAAUCUCUCUCUUUGUAGAAGCUGAAACCAGACAACAUUUGGUAUUUGGGCUUGAAAUGUGAUUAGUUAAUUAUCUGUUAUUAAUUUUCUGUCAAUCGAGUAAGAGACAUCAACCUUUACUGACACUGACUCAAUGAUUCACUCAGUAUCAAAGUAAAACCAAAUAUUAAGACCGUAGGAAACUAAUAGAAACCAAUAGAUGUCUGCAGCAGCAUCGGAUGAAUAUUGGACAAUAUGGAGUAUACAUGAGGUAAAAACAUUGGUUUGACCCUGGUGAGGGACACACGGAAAUCAGAUUUACACUCAGUCAUUUCAGAGUUGUGUUACUGUUGUUUUAUUUUGAAAGGCUACCAAAGAAACAAGCUGAUUUCCUACUUAAACUGAGUUUCCUUCUCCGUAUGUUUGAGUAGCGUCUCUGUAACUGCACCAUCCUGACCGUUAGGAGUUUAUAAAUCUAACAACAAAAUACUCGUCUGACCUCCGACCACAAAGAAAGUCGUCUUCGACUUUUCUUCACUCAAAGAUUUGGUUUUAUUAUUAAAUGGCCGUUAGCUUAGCAUCUGUUCAUCUUGUCAAUAUGUGAAUAAAGACGAUUUAUCUGAACGAGCGGUGAUGUUGGACAAACGGGUUCAAUGUGCACAAAGUUGCUUUUUUUUUUUUGGAGACGACUCAGAGGAAAAUUCAACAUGCAAAGUGUAAAAUGCCUAAUGGUCUAUAUUUUUGUAGAUUUCUUGUUUUUCUGUUUGGUUUGAAUGUAAAUGGAAAGUGUGUGUGCACGUAACCAGAGAUAAACAACAACAAACAAGUAUUUUUUUUCUCUCUCUCUUUUUUUCUUGUAUUAGCACUUCAUGUUUGGUCAUCAGAUUUUUCUAAAGUGAAGAGUUUCCCUCUAAAGCGAGACGCCAACCAGAGAUUUCACUGAGUGUAAUUAUAUAAAUAUUGUAUAUUUUUGGAAAAUCAACCAGGGAAUAUCAGGUCAUUUUUAUCCUUCACCUUUAAUUCUUAAUAAAUUGGAUGCAAAGAGUUUUGGAAUGAAACCCUUCACUUAUUGAUCGAUUGAUUGGUCAUUUUGCUUUUUGUUGUAGACGAACUGUCAGCUUGCCAAGAACAUUUUUGUUUUUUUUCCAAGGUAAUUUUUUUUUCUUCACUCCACAUGAUGUUGGACAGAAACAGUGUGUGUGUAGUUUAAAUGGACGGAUUCUGCUUCGUUUGUGAGUGUGCGAGUGAGUGCAUGUUUACUUAUUUUGUUGAUAAUAUUUUUUAAUAAAGUCAAGUAGAAAUAAA